CGCUUCGGUUGACUCCUUUUUUUUGGAAUCUUCCGAAUAAAGAGGUGAGAGACAAUUAAAAAUCCCCCAUUCGGCGAUUUCUCUGGAUUCCGAUUCCCUCAGACGGAGAAUCCCAAUCCCACCAAGCGGCCCUAGAGAGAGAAAGUUAGAAAGAGAAGGGGAUAAUUUCAUUUCCCUCUGUAAAAUUGGUUCGGAAUUCGAUUCAAUUCCCCACCUCUUUUCUCUCAGGGUGCUGGUGAUUUUGCGACUAUGGGUGUGACCGUGAAGCAGAUGUCUCUGACAGUGGCACUUUUCGGUGUUCUCUCGUUCAUAUUCGGAGUUAUUGCUGAAAACAAGAAGCCAGCAACUGGAACUCCUAUGGUUGGGAAAGAUGUUGUGAUCUGCAAGUAUCCUUCAGAUCCAUCAGUUGUCCUUGGGUAUCUGUCUUUUGCUUUCCUCCUGGUAUCUACAGUUGCUGGGUUCUUGUCAUUGUUUUACCCAUACAAAGGGAAGUCCAUUCCACAAGCUGCGUUGUUCCGAAGCACUAGUUUCGUCAUAUUCCUCAACAUUUCUCUGCUUACAGCAGGACUAGCUGCAGCUCUGUUGCUAUGGCCUACAGUAACCGAGCAACUUCAUCACUCAAGAAAGGUUCAUCGCAAUCUCCAAACAAAAUGCCCAACUGCUAAGACCGGUCUUCUUGGUGGUGGUGCUUUUGUGUCCCUUGACGCAUCGCUCUUUUGGUUGGUUGCCCUGAUGUUAGCUGACAAUGCCCGAGAGGACUAUUUUGAGGAGACUGAAAAGGAUGUCAAGGGUGAAUAUGGACAGGUUUCUGCAAUCGAUUUCGAUGGACAUGCCAAUAUUAAAGGAAGUGCUUGAAGUGUGCUAGCGUCGAAAGGACAUGCCAAUACUCUUCCGUUCAUAUCUAUAUUCAUAAGCUCGCGUGUCGAGCAACUUUAUGUAGUGAAAAUGCAUGUAGAUACGAUUCGAGAUUGUUCGGUACAUUCUCUUUGUGGUUGUGGAUUUGGUAAAAUGAAGCAUGAAGAACUUUUUAAUUCGACGUCAUUAAAAUUUUC